CUAAAUAAUAACUAAAAUAAUAAUUGAUUAUAGGUUUAAAGUGGAAUUUAGUACAAGAUAGACCAAUAAGAUUAAGACAAGAGUUUUUUUUAAACCAAAAGUUAUCAUUCCUGUGUGGUGCAUGAAACCACUAUAUGUAAUAGAGAAGCUUAUCUUAUCCGAUGAUAAAAGUUAUUAAAACAUUCCUUAAUCACAUUAAAAGUAUGAUUCAGAAUGAGGGUAUACUGAUAAUUUCAUCAGAUCAUGAGAUCUAAAUAAGUGGGGGGAGUUGUUGAAUAUUAUUCCUACUUCUAGAGAUCCGUUGACGAAGAAAACGCCGAAGCGGACUUCUUCCACACGCGCUAACUACCACACUCCCUGCGUUAUAAAAUCUCCAUUAUUAAUCGUUCCGACAAAGAAACCAAACCAUCUCUCCGCAACAUUCCACAUCAAGAACAAGAAGAUGCACGAUUUCUGCUUCACUAUUCCGUACGGGAUGCUCCUGAUGGUCGGAGGAUCUAUGGGUUAUUUCAAGAAAGGAAGCAUCGCAUCUCUCGCUGGAGGUGCAGGCACUGGCUUCCUCGUCCUUCUCGCUGGUUUCAUCACACUCAAGGCUUUCGAGAAGAAGAAGAAGUCUCCUGUCUUCGCUGUCGUUCUCCAGACAGUGAUUUCAGCUGGUCUAACGUUCGUGAUGGGACAACGGUAUUUGAAAACUCAGAAGAUCAUGCCGGCUGGUUUGGUUUCUGGGAUCAGUGGUCUCAUGACAUGUUUCUACCUGUACAAGAUUGCAACUGGUGGCAACCACAUACCAAAAACAACAACGAAAGCUGAAUGAUGAUGCUCAUGCACUCCUGUUUUUUCAAUGUAUUCUCCAAUUGUUGAGAUCAAGUAUAUGAAUUUUUGGAUUUAAUACAAUACUCUUUGUGUGUUACGCUUUAGAGAGAUUUGUUUAUGUUGGUCCUUAGGUGAACAUGUUUAUUCUGCAUCUGAGAUUAUAGUUCCUAAAUCCUAAUGUAGCCAUCUGAAAUUAUAGUUUCUAAUCGCUUUUAAUAAAUGUAUUUUCUUGGUUUAUA